UAAACAGGAGCAGAUAUAGCCACGCUGGACUAAAUGUGACCGGCAGGCCCGCUAAUCCUCUUUGCGUGGGUGAUCCAGCGAAUCUCCAGUCCUCCAGGUUUCAGAGGGGGUUUCUAUCUGAUGAACAGCCCAGCAUGCAACACUGUGACUGGCUAUAGUGCAUCUCUCUUGACUUGACCGCGGCCACUCUGAAGACACUGGACAUCAGUGAUGUCCACUGAGAUGUGUAGUUUCUUAUAAUAAGUGAAGACAGACAGGAGGAAGGACAGCCAUGAGUGCCGACAUGGCCAGCAGACUGGAUCUGGACUCUGAUUAUCAUGCUGAACUGGCAGACAUGGUGGCGGCCAUGAGUGUGGCUGCCACCAGACUGACCCCACCAAAUGGGUAUAGGACUACACCACACCGCCUCAACCUGUCCGAUCGCAAGCUUUCCCUGCAGGAGAGAUCCAGCUGCCAGAACGGAGGCCCGCGAGUGGCCAGAAGACCUACUAUUGAGUCCAAGCGUGUGUCUAUUUCUGAUGGAGACGAUUGUGUCCAGCUAAAUCAGUACAAGUUAAAGAAUGAGAUAGGAAAGGGUUCAUAUGGAGUGGUCAAGUUAGCAUAUAAUGAAGACGAUGACCAGUAUUAUGCUAUGAAAUUGGUAUCCAAAAAGAGGUUAAUAAAGCAGUUUGGAUUCCCACGACGACCUCCUUCCCGAGAAUCCAAUGGAUCAGCAGGAUCACAGGAGAAUCUGUUAAAGCCGUCUGGUCUGCUGGACCGAGUAUAUCAAGAAAUUGCUAUUUUAAAGAAACUUGACCAUCUUAAUGUUGUUAAAUUAGUUGAGGUUCUCGACGACCCAGCUGAGGAUAACUUGCAUAUGGUCUUUGAGUUGGUACCUAAAGGCCCAGUGAUGGAGGUCCCGACAGACAGCCCUCUAACAGAAGAAAUGGCCCAUUUUUACUUCAGAGACAUCAUCCUAGGAAUCGAAUACUUGCACUAUCAGAAAAUCAUACAUAGAGAUAUCAAACCGUCAAACCUCUUGCUGGGUGAGGACGGGCAUGUCAAGAUUGCAGAUUUUGGGGUCAGCAAUGAGUUUAAGGGAAACGACGCACUCUUGUCGAACAGUGCAGGAACACCAGCUUUCAUGGCACCUGAAACUCUGACUGAUCAGGAUCAGAGAUUUAGUGGAAAGGCUCUAGAUAUUUGGGCAAUGGGAGUGACUCUGUUCUGUUUUGUCUUUGGAAAGUGUCCUUUUCAUGAUGACUACAUCCUAGGCCUGCAUGAGAAGAUUAGGAGUAUGUCAGUGGAAUUUCCAGACAAGCCUGAGAUCAGUGAGCAGCUGAAGGACCUUAUCACCAGAAUGCUGGAUAAAGUCCCUGAAAGUAGAAUCACAUUAGCAGAGAUAAAGCUGCAUCCAUGGGUCACGGUGGACGGCACUGAUCUGCUGCCGCUUGAGGAGGAUCACUGCACUGUGGUGGAGGUCACUGAGGAGGAGGUGCAGAACUCUGUCAAACUAGUGCCCAGCCUGUCUGCUGUGAUUCUGGUGAAGUCGAUGCUGCGUAAGCGCUCUUUCAGUAACCCCUUCGAGUGUCCAAGUGGCCGGCAGGGCAGAUCCAUGUCUGCUCCUGGAGUCCUGACUGUGGAUAUGUCACUGUUUCGCCCUUUAAGCAGAGGGAGUAACACUAACAGUAACGGGAGCCGAGAAGGGGAGCUGGAAAACCUUAUCGAGGAUGAAAUUUUUCCAUGAAUCAGCUCGAAUCAUUUUGCAGAUCGACCCAAUUGUGCGAUGUGACCAUUUUUCACAUCUUCAUUUGAUUAUUUUUAUAAUCAACAUGCUUUGUUUCUACUGUAAAUCACAGAGUGAUGUAAGGAUGGACUUUGAGGUAUAUGUUAAAAUAUAAAGCUGAAUCUGGUUAACAAUAAUUCAUAUUCAUGUAACAAAUAAGAAACUGCUAACUUCUGAAUGCAUUCAAAAGCAAAGGGUUACAUCUAAUGUAUUGGGAUUUUAACUUUAAUCAGUAUUUAUAUAAAAAGAUUGUAUGCGUAUGACAGAGUAGCAUGUAAUGUGGAAGCAUUA